CAAGGGGCUGGCAUCGCUUCCCUGCCCACCUCCCCAGGAGGAGGAAGAAGAAGAAGGAGGAGGAGGCAGUGCCCAGCCCUGGCUAAGCCCAGCACUUUGGCCAGCCGAGGAAGAGGAGGAGGAGGGAGGCAGUGUCCUGCUGCCCGAGCCAGGCUCCACUCCUCUCGCCCAGCACUUUGGACAGAGGCAGCAGAGGAAGAGGAAGGGAAGGAGGAAGAAGGCGAGGAGAAAGAGAAGGAAGAAGAAGAGAGGGAGGAAGAGGAAGAAGAAAAGAAGGAAGAGCAGGAGGAAGAAGGAGAGGAGGAAGAGGAGGAAGAAGAAGAAGAAGAGGAGGAGGAAGAGAAGGAAGAAGAGGAGGACGAGGAUCGGGGCAGCCUUCCUCCCCAGGGACGCUCUCCAGGCGGAGGCAGCGCUGCUUCUCCUUCUCCUCCUUCUUUCUCUUUCUCUUUCUUUCUUUCUUCUUCUGCUGCUUUUGGGCUGGAGAGGCGCGGAGGCGAAGGCGCAGUUAUGGUGCCAGGGUUCAUCCUCCAUUCUGCUUUGCAUCUAUCUUCUGGCUAGAAGGAAGAAGGAUAGACUGAAUGGUCCUUAUCUUAUCUCUGUCGCAUGGGAAUGGAAAACCAGCUGAAACGAUGACCACAGCCUAUGCUCUGGAGAAGUCCACCCUUUCUUCUUCCCGUGGGUCCAAACUGGAUUGAUUGAAGGACAUCAAGGAUGAAGCUGACCUGCAUGUUCUCCUUCAUCCUGCUGUUCGGUGCAGCUGGCCUCCUCGUCUUCAUCCACCUGCAAGACCCAGAAGAGAUCAUCCAUCAGCAGACACCAGGAAUGAGAUACAACAUGGAAUCUCAGCAACCCAAAAAAGACUGCUCAUCCAGCCACUAUGAGGAGGGGAAGAGGCAGGGGAAUGCCGAUGAUGAAUUCUCCAUGGCACACCAAAGGCCUUCCUUGCACCCGAUGCAACACGGACUUAGGAAGCAUCGACGCACGGACCACAAGCCAGACACAUUGGCUGUGAUGAAAGACCCUCAUAAAAAGGUUGGGGGACCUCAUUUCGCACGGACACAUAAAAGGAGGCGGAGGUUUGUCCUCAAAAAGAGUCCCAUCCUGAUGGCGGUCAACGAUUCCUACCUCCAUGCGGCCAAGCUGAAGUCGGAGGAGGCGGAUGACGUCCAAUGGAGACACCUCUACCAGACCCAAAGGGAGCGGAAGCGGAUCAUGAAGGACACCUGCUUGAAAUACAAGAGCAACAGCAAACGGAUCAUCACGCCGUACCACGUCUCCAGGUUGUUCGUCGAAGACAAAUACCGGAUUCUGUACUGCGAAGUUCCCAAAGCUGGCUGCUCCAACUGGAAGCGGGUGCUAAUGGUGCUCAAUGGCUUGGCCGCCUCCACCAACAUCAUACAACACAACACCGUCCACUACGGGAAUUACCUGAAGCGUCUGGAUGGGUUUGACCGCAAGGGGAUCAACCACAGACUCAGCACUUACACCAAGAUGCUUUUUGUCCGGGAACCUUUCGAGAAAUUGGUCUCGGCAUUUCGAGACAAGUUCGAGCACCCCAACAAUUACUACCACCCCGUUUUUGGUAGGCCUAUUAUUUCAAAGUACCGGGUUAAUGCCACAAAGGAGGCCCUGCGGACCGGUUCGGGGGUGACCUUUAAAGAGUUCAUCCAGUACCUGCUGGACGUUCACCGGCCCGUCGGGAUGGACAUCCAUUGGGACCACGUCAACCGUCUUUGCAGCCCCUGCUUGAUAGACUACGAUUUUAUAGGUAAAUUUGAAACCAUGGAGGAAGAUGCCAACUUCUUCCUCCAUUUGAUCAACGCCCCCCAAAACUUGACUUUCCCGAGGUUUAAGGACAGGCACUCGGAUGAGGAGCGGACGACCACUCAAAUCACAAAGCAAUAUUUUAAGCAACUUUCUCCUUCCCAAAGGCAACGUAGCUACGAUUUCUAUUACAUGGAUUAUCUGAUGUUUAAUUACUCAAAGCCCUUCGAGGACCUUUAUUGAAAGUCAGGAGCCGCUGUCCAUGAUCCGGGCAGAGCUCCUCAUAUGCAAUUUUGUCCAAUGAUUUGUACCGCGUCCGCGGAUAAGCUAAUGGCUUCUGUACAAUGCAGGGAUAAGCUGGUUUAGUAGUUGUUCACUUCUUUGGGAAGUGUCACCCCAUAAGUUUUGGGGUGCAUCUGGGAUGGUGGCCAUGCCAUCAUCCAAAUGUGAUCCUCAAAGCUAGGAGUGAGCAACUUUGGUGGGGAUAAGGGGUCAGUUUUCUGUCCUUGGGACACUUGCGGGAACCAACAAUGCCAGAACAGAAAGUGUCCAGACGUCCACUUCUGAUUUUGGAAAAUAGGUUAAUUUUGAAUGUUAAACGGUUGGAAGGAAAGGCUGUCCUCCUAUUGCUUUACCAGGUUAACGCCCAUUAGAGAUGUCAAUUGCUAUCUUAAUUCUUCUGUCCCUGAAGAAGAGUGGGAAAUAUAUUAUCCUUCCCAUAGGUGAAGUGUGAAAUAAUGAAAUUGUUGCACCCAUUCCAAUGGGGAAGUGGGAAUUUCCAUUUGAAACUGGACGUUCUGGAAGUCAAAAAUGACUUGAAGGUACAUAACAACAACAAAGCUAGAACCAUGCAAGAGACAGAUUCAGCUGCAUCCCUGCUGUUUAAUUGCUCAAUUUAAUACUGAAGCAAUAAAGCAAUAAAAACAUCCAGAACAUCACAUUUUCAAAUGGAGGUUCCUUCCUUGCAAAUGAACCAUCUAAAUAGUCUCACAGCUGGCCCAAAUGGUGGCAAUUUUCUUGGCUCAUAAAUAGAAAUUUGAAGAGACCAAGAAAACAAAAAUCCCUAUUUUUAGUGAGCUGCAGGGAAUAAUGGUCACAUUUGUAAUGGCUACUUUGGGAGGCUUCUGGGAGAGAUGCAAUUGGUCUUUCUCCAUUAAGGAGAGGUUGAGUCGGAGAGGUUAAAGGCCACAGAAAUAUAAUUUUGGUUCCACACAUAGUCUCAUACCUCCGCAAGGGUCAUUGUGUGGUAGAACUGGUCUCAGACCAAUACAGAUUUGCGGUAAAUAUGAGUUAAACCUCACAUUCAGGACAAUGGCUGACAUCCGAUCCUCCCAUUUCCAUUGGGAACUCCAGCUUUGCAGUAAAAUUCGUAUUUCCAUAGUUUGAUUUUUUAAAAGGUUAUUUUCAGAAAUCAAAGGUAAGCAAAAAGGGGUCACUCUCAACUUACUCACUGGUGCAAAAGAAGUGUGAGUUGUUGGAGGUACAAACUAGGCAUGUGAAAUGGGUCUGCAGACGCAACAUGAAAUACAAUUGGCAAUGUAAACGUGUUCACCUUCAAGCUCUCCAUCAAAUCGCAAUGCUGGGUUUCUCUACAUUUGGAAUAAUUUUGACCUCUAAAGGCAGGGCUCCUAAUAAAGCACACAAUUUUGGUUUGGUU